UGUGGACCACCCAUGCCUGUCCAGUAAAAACAUGGCGGUCUAAUGGAGGCAGAUUGUACAUUCCGGUGAACUGAAUAUCCACAAACACGGCGGACGGCGUUCGCAGCUCACCGGUCACGAUAGAACAGCCACCGAGCGCGCGUGUCGGUAAUGUCCCCGUGGAUAAAGUGAUAAUUUACGGCGACGUUCUUGGAAGCAGCGUUUGGGAUUUGAUACUGUGUGACCCGAGCCUGGCUUCCCGGACUCGGUGCAACGUUUUUAAGCCUUCGCCACUGGAAGAGGGAGCCCUGCUGUCACGGCAGUAGCAAAAACGGACUGAGAAGAAACUUGGUCCACACAUGAGGAGGCAUCUGACGAGGUAGCACAGGAAACCCAGAGGUCAUGGAUCCGUCUGACUCUGGACAAGGGGAAGAGAAGCCACCGGAGGAGCACAAGUGUCUACCACCCAGCUCUAGAGGACGACAACGGAGGAGCAAUCCCAAAUUUUCAGAUUACGAGACUGAAAAAUCACCAAAAGGGAGCCCAAGGAAAGGGAGGACACCCUCUCAAAGGGCUUUGGCUAAGAGUAAAGAAGGUGGAGACAACCAAGCAAUGGACAAAAUGGCUCCUGAAUGUGACAUGACACCCGUAAAGGAGACUCCUAAAAAAGCGAGGAAGACUCCGUCAAAAAAGACUCCCGCAAAAAAGACACCCACAAAAAAGACUCCUGCAAAAAAGACUCCCGCCAAAAAAACUCCCACCCCAAAAUCUCCCAGCACUGACGGUGGCCUCCUCCCGACUGUAGAGGACGGAGUUGUGGAUGCUGUGCAUCAGGAAAAUGGGACACCAAAGCCAAAGAGGAAAUAUGUGAAAAAGCAGAAACCACCGCCUGUCGUAGAAUCACCGAGAGAUAAACCUGAGGAGGAGGAGGAGGAGGUGGAGCCGGGAGGACGUCGCAGGAGAGGAGCAGCAAAAAUGGCGUUAAAGUAUCUCCAGACUCUGGCCAAAGAGGUGUUCAAUCAUCCCCAUGAAGACACUGACCCUAAAUCCAACAAUAAAGAGGGGAAAACUCCCAAAGGACGUAAAGGGAAGAAGAGGAAAUUUUCUGAUGUGAACAGUGAUUCUGAAAACGAUGACGACUUUGUGCCGGGGGUCGAGGACGACGACGCCGAGGAGUUGGAAGACGACGAAGAGCCGGACGAGUUGGACCUGGACGUGGAUAUGGGCAAAGGCUUUCUCAGGAAGCAAUGCAAAACUAUGGCCUCCAAAACCAAUGGUCGCAAGGGCCUCGUACUGAACAUCAAGACACUUGUCCUGGACUUUGUUGAAACGACAAAGAAAUUCCGUGAGGAUUAUUUCAGCAACUGGGCGUUUCCAGACUGGAUCCCCUCCACCAACAAGUGGAACCUCGUACCACAAAAUGAUUUGGAGAAAUAUCUGCCUCAGGAGCUUCAUUCAGCUGCUUUCAAAGUGUCCAGAGAAGGACUCGGUCGUGAGGAGACGCCUCUGCAAAGUCUCAACAGGUUUGAAGCAGUGUCCGCUCACCCGGGACGCUGGGAUAUGUCGCUGUACACGGGAGGACCGGUUUGGUCCAUGGAGUGGUGUCCGACACCCGACGGCACUCCGGCCACGCAGUACAUCGCUCUGGCUUGUCAUCGAGGCAUGGACGAUCGGCACUACGUCCACAAGAUGUACGGUGGACCUGGACUCGUUCAGCUGUGGGAUGUGGGGACGCUGGAGUACAACCGCUGCCCUGACUCUCGGCCUUUUCUGGCUUACGGUUUAGCUCAGGACAAAGGAUUCAUCUGGAUUCUGAAGUGGUGUCCUGCAGGAGGAUGGGAGCUUCCGAGCCGCAGCAGACAGGCUCCUUUCCUGCCCAGACUUGGUCUCCUGGCAGUUGCCACCUCCAGUGGUGUGGUCACCAUCUACAGCUUGCCCCACCCUGACGCUCUGCACGCCAGCAAGGAGCUCCACAACUCUGGAGAAACCAACCAGCAGUUGCCGAUAUAUAAGGCAGAAGGAGUCGUGACUCUGAAGCUGGGCUCGUUGAAAAAACCCCGCCUCGACAGAAGUGGACAAGUCCUGUCCCUGGACUGGGUGCCUGAAAAACCACACAAUAUAAUAGCUAUUGGAUUCUAUGAUGGAACAAUAGGUUUUUGGGAUCUUUCCACAAAAUCAUCGUUGUUACAAGUGCGAGAGUCCGACAGAUCGCUGACUCUGCUGCCCUACCGAUGCUUAUUCGCUCAUGACCAAGGUGUCCGGAGCCUGGCCUUUUGUCCCGCCUCCAGAUCCCUGAUGGUGACGGCGGGCGAGGACCGUCUCGUGAAGUUGUGGGACCUGAGGAGGCCCGACGCUCCCAUCACUGUUCAGAAACGACAUGUGACCAAUGAAAUCUGUUGGCCCCUGAACGCACCGGGAAUGAUGAUGGCCCAGGACAUGGCCUACAUAGCGAAGGGUUCACAAGGUGUCCAUUACUUUGACCAUCAUCUGAACUCCUUUUUUGCAAUUCCUAGGACUGGCACAGUCUGGUCUCUGUCGUACAGCGAUUGGUUGAACUGCGUGGUGACGGCUGACAGCCUCGGCGAGGUGAUCUUAGCGCUUUUACCUCAGACCAGCUUCUCUCCUCCUCCGUACCACAAACGCACGGCAGAUAAACGAAUUCCCAUCUAUGUCACGUCUCUGGUGCCUAACGGUACCACAGAAGAAGAAGAAAAUGAAGCGGUAGAAGGAGGAGAAGGUGGCGAGGAGGAAGAGGAGGAAGUGGCUGCUGAAGAGCAGGAAGCAGGAGAACAUGACACUGGAUCUGAAGGAGCGGAUGAGAACGGUACUGAAAACAGAAGAGGAGGACGAGGAAGAGGCCAGAACAACAAAUGUCCUCCUCUGCGCUUCCAGACGUUCAGAGAGGCCGUGAAGAAAUACUGCCUUCACCACACAGACACUGACAUGCACACGUUUAAAGGAUACGACAAGCGAGCGACGUGGAAACGCAUGAAAAACACAGAAGUGAAGGCCAAGUUGAACCUGGACGACAUGACACUGGCUGCAGUACAUAAGGUUCGCUUCAACCCAAACCUGCGCUGCCACGUGUGGCUGGCGACGGGAGGACAGACGGGCGUCGUGCGACUCAACUGUCUGAAGUUACUGCUCGGUGAUCGCAUCAAAGAAGUGAUCGGCAGGAGCCACACCAAUUUCAGUGCUCUCCACGAGCCCAAAGACCAGGAGGAGACUCCGGAGGAGACUCCGGAGGAGACUCCGGCGCAGACUCCACCAGAUCCGCUAUAGCACGAGUCCAGAACUUGAACCAGAACCUGAAUGUAGACCACACAGUCACACGAGAGACAAAGCUGUCUCUCGUGUAAAUAUUUUAAAAACCAUGGAAACGAUUAUAAUUCUACGUUUACUGUUAAUCAUUUUUGGUUUAAUUCUUUUUUAAGUCGCCAUUUGCUUCAUAAAAGACAAAUUAUUGACCUUAGCAACUUUAAAUUAAAGUAGGAAAACAUGUCAGAUCAUUAUUCACUCCCCCUAGUGGGUGUUUCAGGUUAACGCGGAAAUUGAUCUUAACACUGCGACCUUUAAGUUUGUAUUAAUUAUUGAUCACCAGUAGAUCAGUUACGGCUUCUUCGUUAUUUCUUAUUUACCGUAUAAGUAACCUAUAAAUAUCGCAGUAAACCGGGAGUUCGGAGGCAGUUAUUUAUCGUCAGUCAAUCAAGUCUCAGGAAAAGUUAUGAAGCCCUGCUGCUCUUGUUUAAGUCGUGAUAAAUUUAUUAUGAAUAACUUCCUGACCUGGAGUUGAUGUCGCGGCAGUGGGUUGGUGCUCUUUAACGUUACGAUUUCAUCUGUUUACGUUCGUUUUGUUUUGGCAAACUCGUCCAUUUAUUACCUGUGAAACAUUCCGUUGGCAGGUCAUGAGAAUUUCUUACUUUCCUUUUAAGAUUUUCUUGCCUUACGAGCGCAAUUACGCGCAGUGUCGUUUAUCGACGCUGAUCUUGUCCAGUUGUUUUGUCCGAAUUCUUCUUUUGGUGCGUAGAUGGGCUGCACAAAAAAAUGCAAAUACACGCCAUAUUCACCUUUUAUAUAUUUUUGAAACAUUAUGUCACAUAAAUGUGUAUAACGCAAAUAACGCAAAUUUAGUAUCUCUUUACGUAGUUACAACAUUAGCCUUAAAACACUUCACACUUUCACAAAACUUCACGAUUUUUGUUGGUGUUUUAAAAAACAACCAUGGAAAUUUUACAGUGUCCCUUUAAACUAAUUUCCGCUGCUGUAUUUUUGUAAUUUAUCUUUUCUCUUAAAAAAUAAAUAAAUAAAACUCUUGGGUAAUACUUGAAUAUUUUUUUUAGAAAAUAAAUGGAUGUAUCGUUUAUAAACAUUUUAGGUGUUUUUUUUUCUCUUUCUCUUCUCCUGUUUGAGUCUGAUAAUUCAAAAGGAUUAAAUUCAAAUUAGCGGGUGUGGUUCAGCGAAAUCCCAUCUAAUCCCAUUUAUUUUUCUGUGUCUGCAGAAAUGAUUUAUAUAUGAAUAAAACUUAAUAUUGACAGUAUUAUCUUUAACUUAUCAGACUGUACAAGACCUGCUCUUAUUCUGUUUUGCUCUGUUAUGUUUUAUAAUAAAGAAAAACUGAAUAAAUAAAUAAUACAUU